CAAGAUGUUUGACCUUCUUGAAAAUGAGUUACCAGCUGAUUUUAAGAGGAAGUACGGACUAUCCUGGAAUUUAAUAAAGGCAUCGUUGGGGAAAAAGCCAGCUACAGAGCCCAUCGUUGAAAUAAAAGUUAACAUCAAGAUUGCGGUCGUGCAUUGGUAUGACGGAACACCAAAGCCAAUGAUUUGCAUCAAGAGAGAACGCAGCAGUCCCGAGGUGGCUCCCUUUCAAUGGUUGUUUACUAUGGGCCAAGCUUCACAGCCGAAUGCUUCAGUAAUUUACAACAGCUUACGAUAUGAUGAUAACACCCAUGUGGUGACUUUUCAUCUACGCGAGGAAGACUGGAAUGAGCUUAACUGCUCAUCAACGAUAUCGGUGUCAUCUAGAGAAUUCAUAUCUCUCAUCAAUUGUGAAUCAGUGAGUUUUGGAAACGAGACUGUGAAGAGUGUCAAACGGAUUGAUCCUGUCGAAACAUUUGGCCUGUCUGCAAGGCAGACUUUCACCGUGGUGGAAUCUGACGAAAAAUGCCAAGUACUUAAGGUAAUAAAAAUGGAGGAAAACGCUCAUUCUUACUCUGGAGAACUUGAGAUACUGGACUCUUCCAUCUGUAAAGCAAAGGAAAUGAAGAUCAGCCAGCCAGAUAAGUCUCCAACGGGAGUCUAAAUAGACUUCGAGAGGGCCACAAGGUGGGAAGCACUUUUUGGA